AUGGACGACCUAUCGUCGUGGCAUCGAUCUGUGCCAUCCACAGCGCAGCCAACGCCCCCCAUCCCGACCUUGGAUUCAACUUGGGAUUCUGAAUUUCAGCCAUGUGCGGCCACUGCAUCUUUGUUCCUAUUUGCGCAAGGCUCUGUCAUUCUUUCCCUACAUCAUGAUACCUUGGCAGUGGAGCGCCGGUUUUCACUUCAUUCAGAUAGGAUAGCAUUCAUUUGCGUUGACAACGUGAGUGAACGGGGUGCCGGCCGACUGGUGGUCAGCUAUGAUUUUGCUCAAACAGCAAUCGUCUGGGACCUCUUCACUGGGAGUGAGAUAUCACGCUUCGCUUCAUACGAACCUCUUAGAGUGGCAGCAUGGAUGCGAAAUGGACAUGUAGCAUUCGGGAAUGGAAAGGGCGAAGUGAUCAUGUUUGAACCAGCAACCUCAGAACACUUAUCUGCUCGCACCAUCUUCGAUCCUAUAACCUCUUUGGCCCCGGCUGCGGACUGUCGAAGUUAUGCAAUUGGCUAUCAAAAUGGCUCCAUCUUGAUAGCCACAUUGCAUCCCAGCUUCACAAUCCUCCAUACUUUAUCCACUACCAGAGGUCCAUCACCCAUAGCUUGUCUCGCCUGGCAUACAUCCUCGUCGAAACAGAAGUCUGACAUGCUUGCAACUCAAACAAUGGAUGGCGACCUCCGAGUUUGGAGCGUAGCAAAGGCACCUUCGAACGAAUCUCCUCGUGUCAUCCGUGCAUUGAAACGAACCGAACCGUACUCCACUGGACCAAAGUGGAUUUCCUGGUCCAAGAAUGGCAGAAUCGUACAAUACUCUGACAGGGAAACAUGGGUCUGGGACGUGAGAACAAAACAUGUGACAUAUACAACUAUCCCGACGAUUGAAGAUGUACUUGGUAUGGCCAAUUAUGGCCCCACCGCGACUUUAUUUACCAUUGGCCCCAACAAUACCAUCCAGCAGUAUGAUUUGGAUAACUCCACCAUGGUUAAGAAUGUCAGGCAUCUUCCCAUAGACCAGGUGGCCGCCGUUGUCGAAGAGCCCAAAAUAAGGCCAAUGUCUCCAAGUUAUUUCUCGAGAGGAAGUGGCGCACGGAGUGUUCAGAGUUUCCGAGGUCCUGAGGUAUCGAUUCAUGAGAUUGCAAGCCAACAACGGGCAAACACGACCAGCCCUAUGUCAGGUCGUAGCCGCACCAAUUCGAUCAGCUCGCACGCUUCAUCCGGUCGGGUCCGUCCUUUCUCUCCUCUGAACAAGUCAACCUACAGUGGCACAACUUUCUCCAUGACUUCACCUCUUGGUCGGUUACCUUCGCAAACGGGCACAUCCAUUGCGUAUGGCUCUUCUACGUCCGUGUCCUCUGUUCGUUCUCGUGGUGGUUCACGGCUGAGAAACGAGGUGACACGAAGUCCCGUUGACGAACCCCUGGAAGACCUCUUCCCUUUUACAAGGGAACGAGUUAAUGAAGUGACCUAUAUUCAACAAAUGCAACCACUCGAUGAAUCUCGCUUGACGCCCGAUGCAUUGCGGCGACAGAUGCUCCAAGUUGUCUUUGGAUGGGACGGGGAUAUCGAAGACCUAAUUCGUGAUGAGUUAAACCAACAUCCUCCCACCAGCCCGAAUGCCAUAUUUCUGUCACGUUGGUUAGGUGAGCAAGACCCGAUGCAAAUGAUGGCCAUGCUUAGUUCAGGCCCUGUCAGUUCCUCUGCGUGGAUGUUUCUAGCUCUUAGCCAGAUGGGCGGCGAAGAACAGGCGAAUAAAGUCGGCCAGAGUUUUGUGCAACGACUGCUAGAAACUGGCGAUAUUCAUGCUUCAGCAACCAUCCUUCUUGCUCUGGGAGACCGUAAUGAUGCAAUUGAAGUUUAUGUAUCUCGAAAUCAUUAUAUGGAAGCCAUUCUCAUGACCUGCCUUCUGCUGCCGACUGACUGGCAGCGACAGUCGUAUCUUGUGCGCCGAUGGGGCGAACAUGUGGUGUCAAACUCUCAACAGCAGCUGGCAAUUCGGUGUUUUAUGUGCACAGGAGCUGAACCAUCUGAGCCGUGGAUGUCGCCUACGCCUUAUCGUGUUUCUUCGCCUGUUUCCGAGCCACAAUCAAAACCAGCAGACCUUUUGAAACCCGAUACAGCCAAUCGGAUGACUGUGAAGAACUCGUCUCUUAAGCUAAUAACCUCUUUUGGUCCCCAGUCUAGCCAGGCAUUCAAAUUUCCCGGCCUCAAGUCGGAUGAUCGCACGCCUACAAAUGCCCCGGGCAUUACACCCAUUGCCGAAUCAGCCGUUGGAGAGUCUGCGUUGUCCCCAGGUGGUCUUGGGUCAUAUCGACUCAACAACAUGCGAAGCAUCAAUCAUUCAAUGUCUGCUCGAGCGGGAACACCUAGUCAUGCACACCGACAAAGACUGCCUUCCAUUGGUGAAACCCCAGUAGAUGUGCAGCCUCCCAACUUCCCACCAAGAUCUCUCCCUACUCCGGUUGACUCAAGCUCCGAGAAGGGGAAACAAAAAGUAUCCAGAAUUGAUGAUUUCGACCAUGGCGGCAAAGAUAAUGACCCACCUGUGCUACUAUUAACGUCGGCACGUUAUGAACCAGGGAAAGACAGUCACGGCCCGAGUCCGCAGACAGCAGUACAGACAGUGGCAAACAAGUUCGAGGACAUCAAGGGUCUUCCGUCCCCUGCCGCAGGAGUUUUCGAAACCUUGAAGGAGCAGAGUUUGGUGAGGAAUGGUUCUCGUGACCGCAAACCAGAGGGGCUUCAUAUUCAAUGGCCGCCAGUUGACACCUCUGAAUCUGAAGCUGGUCCAUACACUGAUGGCACUGGUGGUGGAACCCCUUCUUCGGUUUUCCAAAGCUUCCGUUCUACGAAAAGCCCCAGUGUUAGCGGUCGCAGCAUUGAUCAGUAUAUCAGCAGCCUGGAAGAGGCUAAUUACUAUGCUAAGCAUGUUCGUCGCCCUCACACAAAGACUCGGCAUCACGGAGAAGCUAGUGGGAGCGAACGCAAAAAGAGUUCUAGGAAUGGCUCUGUAGAUUCUCGAGGGCGACCCACCAAUCGCUACAUUGCACCGGCCAAGCGCUCACCGUCUUCGCCAGUUCCAAUGUCCCCCGAAGAGUUCGCGAAAUAUAAUGCGAGCGUUGAGAGCUUCGACACCGAUGCUUCGAAAUACCGUAGCAGGAGCCAUGCCAAAGGCAGCUCGCGCGUUCGCGACUCAUCUACACAUGGUCGCCGCCAUCGGUCGACAUCUAGAGGCAUCGACCGGAAGCAACAAGCAAGAAGUCGAAACAGCACCAGUCGCCACAGCCGAGGGCGCAGUAAUGACAGGAACAAGUCUGGCAUUCGGUCUCCCACAUCACCUUUGCCCAUGUCCCCUGCUGCUGAUGAGGCGAGGGGAUUUGAGGAUAGUCUGCGUUUUGUUACUAGUGACCGGGAACGCUUGCACCGGUCUCGACAGCGAAGUUCUAGUCGUCGUCCGGAUCGAGGUGCUAGCAGUGUUAGGCGCGACCCUUCCCCUGACAAAAGGCGCGCCAGAGCUAGAUCAAGCAGUCGCAAGGCCCGUGAGCCCAAUUUUGGGCCAGAGAUUAGUUUGAACUCCAUCCCAACAGCUGAAAUUAUUGAGGAGCCUUCAAAAUCUGAGUACUCAAACGAUCAUUCUAUUGCUUUGAGUGCGCACGAACGGGCCAAGAGAGAGUUGGCAGCCGCUGAGCUUGAGGCGCGUCGGCUAUCUCUGGCACGCCGCCCGUCUGCUCCCAAGAUUCCUCUGCCUGGAGAUUUCCAGACUGCUGCAAUGGUCUCUGCCGGUGGGGGUAAUCUGCCUGAAAGCCCCCCUUCAUCCGGCGAGUCAUUCGACAGACGGUUCCGAUCCAAGAGCAACGCCAGCAAGCGAUCGCCGGACUUCCAGAAUGGGUCUGACUCUGGCUCAUCUACUCGAGGCCGUGCCGGUACGAUUGGUUUACCAGCUACUCCUAAGGCAAUGCGGCGUCCCAGAUACGGCGAGGGACACGACGAGGAGGCGCCGGCCAUGCCAGAAGUCCCUCUGACACUUCCAAGUACGGUAUAUCAGGCCGAAGCCGCAAGAAUCAGCCGGUCCAUGUCAGUUCCAGUAGCUGAAUAUCAACAAGCUCCGCUUCCCGCCGAUCUUCCUCAUCAUCCAAGAUUCAUUCCCAACAUCCCACGAAGUCGGUCAACCAGCAGGACUCGAGGACCCUUAAAUCACCGACGUGAGAACUCUCGGGAGCAUGGUUUACCAUCUUACGGCUCGCCACCAACGGUAUCUGUCAACAUUGAAAAUGACAUUACGGUGGUGGAAAACACGAGAACCAAUCCGCCAAUUCUCCCCGAGCUGCAGCAUCUAUCAACGCCUCCACCGCCGCCUCCUAUUCCCGGUGUCGGACCCAGGUCAAGGGAAUUUAUGUCGAAUCAAUCCGCCAUGGACAACGCUCGGGCGGGCCGGGAACUUGCACGGCCAAUGACGACUGAUGCUGACACGCAGUCCCUGCGUAGAAUGUCAGUUGAUCACCGGCGUGGUCGUAGCAUCAACGAAAGUUUCGCAAGUAAAUUCAAAAACUUUACAGGCCGAAUGCGCAGUAACAGUCGCGGUCCUGGUGUGCAAUCCUCACCGUCAGACGAGAAGAAUACAGUCUCCCCGUACGAGAGUGUGCAGAUCCCAAGGGAUUUUUAA